CGACCCUCUCCCCCUUGUGACCGAUCGACAACCACGGUCCACCAUGCCGGACCCCGGAGAUAACAACCUAGGCCCUGUCAUGGAUGGUGACAAGAAGACAGGUAUCGACGAAAGCCCCGGUGACAUGGGUCUUGGCAGCUCCAUGAGGCCGAAAAAGAUGUCCACAGUCCCUGAUGCUAGAGCGAAAUACGAUGUCUGCGACGGCAUGAACCAGCAGCUCUUGGACACAGGUGCCGGACUCCCGGCCCAGAUGUGCGACGCAGGGCCCAUUGAUAAUCUCGGAGACACUACUGUGCGCGAUUUCUUCAGCGAGGAUGAGAUAAACGAAGCACUCUAUGGCAGGGAUGCGUCGAUGUAGAGGGUUUCCCCGUACUGUCCCG